AUGUGUAGGGGUUGUCCCCCUAUCAUUCUUGGCGGUCUUACCUUAUCCUAUCCUCGCAACGUCAGGGGAUUGCCUCCUCGGUUGCAGAGCCCUGGAUGUGUAGGGGUUGUCCCCCUAUCAUUCUUGGCGGUCUUACCUUAUCCUAUCCUCGCAACGUCAGGGGAUUGCCUCCUCGGUUGCAGAGCCCUGGAUGUGUAUGGGUUGUCCCCCUAUCAUUCUUGA